AGAUAAGAUUUUUUUUCCCACUUAUCAGGAGUGCCCCAAGCCAAAAAAUGGUGGCGGCUGACGUGGCGCUCCUCCGCUUCUCCUCCACCAUUCCUUCUCUUUCUCCGCCGUCUCCUACUCGUCUCCGGUUCACCUUCACCAGACCCAAAUCAUUUACUAGGCAUUCGAAAGUGGUUGCCUCGAUGAGCGAGGACCCGAUUCGCGAAUGGAUCCUCUCAGAAGGAAAGGCAACUCAGAUAAUUGGCACUCGUUCUGUUGGCGGAGGUUGCAUCAAUCGAGCUACUCGUUACGACACUGAUGCUGGCUCAUUCUUCGUCAAAACAAAUAGGAGUGUUGGGCCAUCUAUGUUUGAGGGAGAGGCAUUAGGCCUCAGGGCCAUAUUUGGAAUGUGGUUAGAGUUGACCUUUGUAAAACUCUUUUGCUCGAGCAAAUUAGGUUGGACCUCUGCCGACUGGUGGCUCGUACAUCAUCAUGGAAUUUAUCGAGUUUGGUUCAUCGAGGGGCAAUCAAGAAGGAAGCUUGCUGGAAUGCAUAAGGCAGCAAAAUCUGAAAAGGGUUACGGUUUUGAUGUCGGCAAUACAAUUGGGAGUACACCACAGAUAAACACGUGGACUUCAGAUUGGAUCGAGUUUUACGGUGUGCAUAGGUUGGGCUACCAACUGAAGCUAGCACGCCAACAAUACGGCGAUUCCUUAAUUUACGAAAAAGGACAAAGGCUUGUAAAGAGCAUGGCACCAUUAUUUGAAGGUGCUGUUCUCGAGCCUUGCCUGUUACAUGGAGAUUUGUGGAGUGGGAAUAUAAGCUCCGACAAAAAUGGUGAACCGGUUAUACUUGACCCGGCUUGUUACUAUGGACAUAAUGAGGCAGAGUUUGGAAUGUCAUGGUGUGCCGGAUUCGGAGGAUCAUUCUACGACGCGUAUUUUGAGGUGAUGCCUAAACAAGGUGAAUUUGAGAAAAGGAGGGAUCUUUACAUGCUUUAUCAUUACUUGAAUCACUACAACUUGUUCGGGUCUAGUUACCGCUCUUCGGCCAUGUCCAUAAUCGAUGAUUACUUGAGGAUGUUGAAAGCUUAGAUUGUCUUGUUUUUGUAUGAUAUAUAUAUAUUGCUUUGGUUUUUGGCUUCAAAUGCUAAUCUUUGUCAUUUAUUUUAUUUUAUUUUCAAGUAUGCAAAACUAUUUCAAUGUAAAUUUCUCCUUUCGUGAAAAAAUCUGCAAUUUGCCAAUUUCGCAUAGGCCUUGUAUGUUUGGUAACCAAAUAAGUUAUAAGAUAGCUUAUUUGGUUAGUUUAUAUAAGUUCC